ACAAGGCAAGCACAAAAAUGGCUUCUGGUGGCAGAUUAUUCCCCUUCGCCCUUGUGACUCUGUUCCUCUUCCUCAUCUCCCCAUCUCCUUCGUUGUCUUCUGAUGAUGAUAAGGUGAACUUGUCCGUCUACUACGAAAGCCUAUGCCCCGGCAGCGCAGAUUUCAUAGCCGACUACCUCGUGAAAACCUUCGAGACCGAUCUCAUAAACAUCAUCAACCUCAGAAUGGUCCCUUGGGGCAAUGCUCGAAUCGACAAUCGCACCGGAGCGUUCAUAUGCCAGCAUGGUGAAGAUGAAUGCUACCUCAACACCAUUCAAGCUUGUGCCAUCGAUGUCUGGUCUGAUCAGAAACGGCAUUUCAAUUUCAUUCGCUGCGUGGAGCGUAAUAUCUCCAAGGGCGGGCUGCAAUCGGGGAAGGUCUCUGCUGUGUAUCAGGAAAAGUCCUCAAACGUUGCAGCCUUAAAAGUCUGGGAGUCUUGUGCUGAAGAGCAGAAAUUGGAGGAAGCAGACAUUUACAAGUGCUACACCAGCGGACGUGGAAGAGAGCUUGAACUACGAUACAAAACCGAGACCGAUCAGCUUAUCCCACCUCACGAGUACACCCCGUGGGUUGCUGUGAACAACCAACCGCUCUACGAUGACUUCUUGAAUUUCAUUCACCAUGUGUGCAAGGCUUACAAGGGCGGCCCGGCAAAACCCCUCGCUUGCAACUCAGCUCGUCGAGGAGCGAAUUCCGCUGUCCGUGGUGCCGACGAAGCAAGAUAACGCCAGAUCCUUUAAGCACAGUAUAUGAUAUACUGUCUGUUGAUUUAGUCCUUCCCUGUUUGUGGUCCACGUAGACCAAAUCAACUAGGAGUGGAAGAAUAAAACCAUGUGUGGUUAACUAAUAGUUUGUGGUAUGUUUCUAAGUAAAAUGCAUAUGCAUGUUCAGCUAAACAAAUCUAUUGGCUACUGGUUAAUCGAGUUUAGGUCGCCAAAUAUUUUUGUUAGAGCAUGGUCAUGUCAUCUGGUUUGCGUA